CCUUGUCGUAAGUAGUUUAUGUACGUAUUUGUACAUAGACAAAAGAAAUCAAACCUUUGGUCAGUUUUUUGUUGUAGCCUUGUCCUCUCUAUACUUUCCAACUCUAGGGACUAUUCCUUGAGCCUAUUUUGCACAGAAAGAAAGGCUAUAGUUCUUACACAGAAAGCCAACAGAAUUGUUUCCAUUGAAACUGGAAAACGACCUUUUUACACAUUGUGUGAAGCAGUUUUCCAAGGUUUUGAGAGGCUAACAAAGGAAGAUUCUGAGAUCGAGAACGAGUCGAAACCUGGUGACAGCAAAACCCGUUUUUGAUUUGUUAUCGAAGUAGGGUCACAGGAAGUCUGAAAUUUACCUUGUCAAAUUCAACUCUGUUAAAAGGUACAGUGUCGAUAGUAAGUUGAACAGGAACUUUGUUAAAACACUAUUUUUCUCCUUUCACAACAUUACUAUGGUGUGAGAUUGGUUGUAUCUAGCACAUUUAUUAUUAAAGUAGCUUCUUCCAAGUCUCCAAGUAAAAUAUUUUCUUUCAUAAAACUCACUACAAGAUACUAUACCUCCAGUGAAAGGAGACAAUACAUAGCGAUUCUUCUCGUCAUCGUCCAACUGGAAAUUACACGAUAGUUUUAGAAGGGCCAGUGUUGUUAAGGCUUUGAACUUGGUUAAGUUUACUUCUGAAACUUUUCAGACUUUAAUUUCCAACUCAUUCGUUGUUUUAGUUGGACAAGUGGAUUUCUAUUAUCUACGUUUCUUUUUUAAGCCUUGCAGUUCAUUCCU